ACGUCGCGUGCACCACUAUAUUUUCGGGGGAUGUCAUAUGCGAUCGAUUGUAAUGGAUUGCGAUAGUAUACCACCGUUCGCGCUCUUCAGACAAACCGGCACUGUGAUUGUCAGGGUUAAGAUGGAGUCGAGCCCACGCCGCGGGCCCCCGGCGGGCCAGCUUGUGCACAGACCAACAGCCUGUGAACGAUGCUCUAGGACUAGAUUAAUUAGCCAAUAUAGUGACUGUGAUAGUGAUUUUGUGGAAAAAUGUCGACCUUACAGACCCAGUUCUGCCAGAAGCAGAUACGUCAAGGUUUGUGCGACGGUGUGUCUAUUGCUACUGGCCGGGCUGCCCGCGCAGUGCUCGGCGGCGCCGCGCAAUAUGGAGCGCACACGACGCGCCGCGGACGCGCAAGAGAACGAACUCUGGGCCAACCCUUGCGACUACAACACAGAACAAACCAACUCAAAAUCGCCUUUAAGUUACUCGCCGAAACUUGUAAAGAAUGUCGCUUUGCAAGCAAGAAACUUACUCAGAACCACGGCGGAGUACAAAGAUAAAUUCGCGUUAAAGUUACACAGCUACGAUAGUUACGAGAGGCUGCUGCAGGAGUGGACCGAGUACGAGUGGUUGCGCAAGUUCCCUGGCUUUGUAGAGGACGUGCUACCCAAGGGAAAGACCCUCAACAAGCCCAUACCGGAAGAGAAGAUGAACGAAUUAAUGGGUCAUAUUGAAGAUGUAUUGCCGCCAAUGUACAAAGGACUGAAGAUGGUACUCGCAGGACUGCACGGUAUCGACAGAGAGGUCUUCAACGACAAUAUCGUCGCCGACGCCAGUCUGAAGGAGAACAUCAAUCAUACCAUGCACAACGUUAGAGGAGUUCUCUGUUUAUUCAGCGAAGUGAUGAAGUCUUUUAAAUUGGAGAUACUGCCGCUACCGAACGAAGAGCUCCCCAGUUUCAAGGCUGAGGAUAAAUUGACGGUUGCCCUCCUCAUAUACCGGGAUACUCUCAACUAUUUGGACUAUCUGGCGCAAGUGUUCCAGAAGAUGUAUGAUUCGAAAGUCACUCCAAAGGCGUAGGCUUGGUUUUGUUAACUAAACUUGCGAGUAAGACGUUAAGACCGCUCAGUUUUGCGGGUCUUCUGCGCGUCUACUCGACCAGCGUUUGGGACGCCUACAGAAUUAUUGGUGCUUUUAUUAAGGACUUAGCGUAACAAUUGAAAGUUACGCCCCGCUCUCAGUCGGCUAGCUCCGACCGGAGCCUACUCCUAGUUCAAUUGUUUGCAUAUUUGGCUGUUGAUACGUAGUAGAAAAAUGACUUUGCCAUUACAUUGCCAUUUUGGUCUAGAACGAAUUAGUUCCUUUUUUUUUGUGUAAAUAGUGACGAAUUUAAAAUGUAUUAUUUAUUGUUUAACAGACGACAUUCUAAAUUUUCCGAUAUCCUAGUCAAGGUCUUAACUUAUUUAUUUCUUGCUUUCUCUCCAAUUUAGUUUCGAUUACUUUGUAAAAGGUACUAUUAAUAUUAGGUUUGAUUAGUAUUAAAUUCCAUUCCACCAAACUUGAUCGACUAAUGUUUGAUGUUAGUAAAUUAUUGAGUUGUGUCGUGUUGCGGUCGCUUGCUCUUGGUGAGAUGAAUUUGUUAUAUAGAUAUAUUUCUUGCGCCGUCUUUGUGUGACUGCGCUUGAGGCUGCGAAUGAUUAAUUUAAUGUAAAUUGUAAUUCCUAGUUUCUUUAAUUUUACUUGACUCUUUGUUAACUAUUUAUACUACUGUUAAAUAAAUCCAAUGAAAUAUGACUAGCUUUAAUAGAGCUGUUAAUUAUAUUAUUGUAAAGUACAG